AUGUCUACUAACGUCUCUUCAUGUCUCCAAUCCCGUGUAUCCUAUCUCCCGCUUGAUGCGGAACCAAUCGGUGCGCCGAUGUACUAUUACUCUUAUGACUCUGCACGCUCGCCAUCCGUGUCUCCCGUGUUCAGCGAUGUCCCCCAGCCACGUACUUUGACUCCGGACACGGACGUCUACAACAACUCUGACCUGAUGAGCGAUAAGGAUCUUAUGAGUCUAUGCGAUGACCAACUCACGCUCCACGACUGUAUCGACCGCGCUCUGCUGGACUAUGGCUUUGACUUGAGCUGUCUAGAGGAGCUUGACGAACAACUGUUGCUUGCCCCGUUGGAGGCUUUUGCUGCUGUUUGUUGGGCAGAGGCAGUAGAUAAGGACGACUGUACGGUACCGUGGCGCUGGGGUUACAGCGAUACGCAGGAAGAGAUUGAGUCAGAUACGGAGUCAGAGGACACGGAGAUAGCUGAUUUCGACACCCCUACCGAUUCUCGUUGGCACUGGCAGGACAAGCGUGUCUCCUUUGAGAGUGGAUAUCGCCAUGACGUCGAGGAAUCCCGAAAUUCAGUCGAAAUCGAGACUAGACAAGGCCGUCGCAUAUCUUUCAUUCUCUUGACCCCACCGUCUGCUAUGUCAGAUCCCAAAUACUCUGUUCAGUACUUCCCAAAAUCCCCAAGAAAGACCAAGACGAAGUUCGGCCUCAGGCGACUUGCCGAUGGCAUCCUUGCACGCCUCGACUCGUCAUGA